GUAAGCAAAGAGUCAAACAGUUUGACAGUUUUAGAGAAUUCAAUUUUGAGAUUUGAAUUGAAGUCCCACUCACAGACGUUGUCCUAAACACGUACUAGUAGACAGAAAGAGAAAAGAAAACCCUCGAUUUCAAAAUUCACAAUCCGAUUCUCAUCCUUAGAGAAGAAGAACAAGAAGACCUUAUUCACCAUGACUGGUGUUGAUCAACCUCAAGUCCAUCCUGCCGACACCACUACCAAACCCGAACACUCCGCCUCCGAUUCUCACUCCCAUACCCCUUCCGAUUACGCUCCAUAUCCUAAAAUCGACCCAAACGACGUCGCACCACCACCACCAUCUCAAUCCGUUCCAACUGAAUCACGCGCCACCGAUGCUGCCACCACUAUGCCCACCGAGUCUAAUCCAUAUGUCUCUCCAGCGCCGGUCCCCGCACCCACACCUGCAAAGAAUACUUUAGAUUCUGUGAAAGAUGUUCUUGGAAAAUGGGGAAAGAAAGCUGCUGAGGCUACCAAGAAAGCCGAGGAUCUUGCUGGAAAUAUGUGGCAGCACUUGAAAACGGGUCCUAGUUUUGCGGAUGCUGCUGUGGGGAGGAUUGCCCAGGGAACAAAAGUUCUAGCCGAAGGUGGUUAUGAGAAGAUCUUUAGACAAACUUUUGAGACUGUACCUGAGGAACAACUUCUCAAAACAUAUGCAUGCUACCUCUCCACCUCUGCAGGACCUGUCAUGGGAGUCUUGUAUUUGUCAUCUGCAAAGCUCGCCUUUUGUAGUGAUAACCCACUCUCUUACCAAACCGGUGACCAGACUCAAUGGAGCUAUUAUAAGGUGGUUAUUCCAUUGCAUCAGCUGAGAGCAGUGAACCCAUCCACAAGCAAAGUCAACCCAUCCGAAAAAUUUAUACAGAUUAUCUCUGUUGACAACCAUGAAUUUUGGUUUAUGGGCUUUGUGAACUACGACAGCGCUGUUAAACACAUUCAAGAAGCAUUGCAGGCUCGCUGAUACCCACUGAACUGAAAAGCUUCAUGUAUUAUACCAAAGAUGAGGUCUGUGUGAUAAACUAUCCUCAUUUCACAACUUGAAACAUUAUAUCUUUAUACUGUAGUUGGUAAGUCUAGUUUGUGGAGCCGUUAUAGUUUUGAGAACGAUACUCAUUUCUUAUUUCUGGCAUCAUGUGUUUUACAUGUGUGGGAGUUAACUGAUUUGUUGUAAGUUAAACCAAUAUACUUUCAUUUCUUAUAUCUUAUUCUAUUCAAUUGUACUUUUUUUUCCAA